CUCAAUGAUUUUACGAAAAUAUCAUCAUUUACAAGAAAAUUAAUACAAAGUAAACACCAUACAAAUACAUCAUAUCUACGAAAUCCUUCGGAAUUAAUUGUCAGCUAAUUGCAGCAGGACGAGCUCCAAUAAACAACACAGCGAAAAGGCCGAAAAUACAAACCACUAAGUCUAAUAUUCUGCUAUGAAGCUGGUUCCAAAAUCUGGUCUCACAAUCUCUAUCCGGGGCCAUUACGAAGCCGGAAAGCGGCGCAGACACAAGAAGGAAGAUAACUGGGCGUGUCGCUGCGUCAACUGCGGGUUGUCGUUCGUGCACCGUCAGGCACUCCGGAAACAUUACACUAAGUGUGCAGGAUUUAUGAGCGUUCAAGAGAGUGAGGCUUCAGAAAACGUUAAAGCGAUGUCACAAGACCCGGAAUUAGUUGUCGACGACGAACUCGAUUGUAACCCUCUGAUAAUAAUUGAGACGAAGACUGGAAAAGUCGUUGCCAGAAUCGAAGAUCCUGACGCUAAAAAGGAGACGUCUGCAAAAUUAACAGAAACUGACAAAAUCAGACGCAGUGAUAUCAGUGGAAGAAAGCCGAAUCAAGCUGGAAUUGUGAAAGACACUAAAUAUCAUGUACCGCAAAUCAGACAACGCGAUAUCGGUCAGCCUCAAAACACGAUUGGUGGUGAAGAAGUGACAUCAUCGGUGGUUAUGUCUAACGUCAUGAACGCUAUCAGAAAACGAACUGAAGAGAUCGUGUAUGGAAUGGCUGAGCUCCAGCAAUACAAUGAUAAAAAAAUGGUUGCUAAAGCUGAACGGACCGAAGAAAAAGAAAUGACAGAACAAAUCCAGUUUUCUACCCCGAAUAAACGAAAAGCAGUUGACGAUAAAAACGACGAUGCUUCUUUAAAAAAGACCAGGUAUUAUUUUAAACCAAGUUCGUUCCCAACGGAACCAGCAGUCUCCUUUUCGGGAUCUCGUGACAAAACUGACAAGACUAAAAGCGGCGUGUUUCGACCAUUCCAAGAAAGAGUUUUAUUUGACUACGGACAACAGCAACCGAACGACCAGACAACGGGAUUGCAGCCGAGUAAAACCGCGAAACCAUCUGAAAAGGAAAGUCCCACUGAGAACAUCCGGGAUUCGCAUAUAUACCCUUGUUGCCAUUGUCACCUCCGAUUCCGUCACCAGACUAGACUGUCCAGACAUCUAAAGAACGACCACAACAUGGCACUGAGUCUGCAUAUAGGAUGUCCGAUUUGCCUGAAAAAGUUCCAUUCGAACCGAGAUUUCCUAAAACACAUGUUGGAACACAAAGAAGACGUCAACGAACAUACAACGUUCGAAGAAACAACGCAGAAGUGUAUAAAAUUGAUAAAGGAAAAUAAAGAUUCGCGCGUGGACACGGCAUUGGAACAAUGCGAAAUCAAACCGGUUGCUGUACGAAGGGAGACAAUCAAUACGAACAUGAAUAGUGUUAGUCGUCAAUCUCCGGAAAUCAUCAGAGAUGUCGUAGUGAAGACAGAAGUUGAAAAAGACGACAAGGAGAAUGAAAGCAAGUAUGGCAAUAUAAAAUCUCUCAAUAAAUGGAUCACGCCUGCACAAAAACAAGAUUUGAAUGAGAGCAUUCGCGAAAAUAUGGUCGCGGCCUUCGAUGUUCGGAAUAUUAUCAACCAUCUGAGAACUAACAUAAUAAGUGCACAAGGGCUAACAGACACAGGUGUGAAUCAAAACAUCGUCCAUGCAGUCAACAGUCAAACGUCACCGAAAACUCCUUGUGAAAAACAAAGCCCUAUAUCAGCUUUCUUUAAAGAAGGAUUAGAAAAAUCUGCACGGACCAGAAACAUACAGACAGGUGAUGGCAAUGAAAUACUUGUCGGCGAACCUUUCCAGUUCGAACAAAUGCUGGAGAAUAUAGAACCGUACUCGCGACAAAUAAAAUGGGUAUCCAACACCAGCACUUUUGUUACAACAGUUCAACCAAAAUCUCGUUCAGAAAACAUUUCCCCACGAGAAUCCCGAGAGACAUUUCCACAAAGUGCUCCAAAUGAUAUUUCAACCGAAAAUGAGCCAAGGAAACACACUAUUAUAAAGAAGGAAAAAGUUGACAACGCUACUCCAGUCAAUAAACAAUAUAUGCGACCUUCUGACGUCGACUUCAUGAGGCGCGUUUACUUAGACAGGACGCACAGGUAUGACGGCUUAUAUAUGAACAUGGCGCCGCUUUUGACGUCAACGAUGACGUUUAGUGAAGGUGGAAGCGGCGAAGCGUUGGACCUGUCGAUGAAGUCAAAAAAAGGGGGAGACAACCGAUAUGUUGAGUACAUGAGCGCAGUGACUGAUGUACUAGACCUGUCGUAUACCAGUACUAGAAAGUAUAGCAACGCAUAACGCGUUUACGUUGAUGUAACACACGUGUCAUUUGUGCAAUAUGUACUAUACAGCGUUGUUGAUUUAACGUGCGUUCGAUUUAAAUACGACACAAUGUCUUAAACUUUAAAACGUGUAAAACGAGUCAAAUUAAUUAAAUGUAUAUUUUUGAAUUCAUUAACGUUUGAAUAUGCAAAUAAUGUGCUAUUUUGUAUUCCGUGAUUGGUGAAUGA